GGAGAAACAACUGACAGACAAAAUGGCCGAGGGACGAAGCUAGCGGCUUGGCUAAUGUAAACAUCCACCAAGAGUAGACUGGAGCUGGAGCGACGAUAUCGUUACGCGAUAGCUUCUUGACACUGCGAAUGAGAGUUGUUUCUGACUUUGGAGAAGAAUGAUGAGCCAGCGACGUGGGAUCCAUCUGGACCAAUCAGAGCUGCUUUGCAAAAAAGGAUGUGGUUUUUAUGGCAACACUGGCUGGCAGGGCCUGUGCUCAAAGUGCUGGCGAGAGGAGAAUCAUCGAGAAAAGCAAACACAGAUUCAAGAAGACUGGGCACUUGCUGAGAGGCUGCAAAGAGAGGAAGAGGAAGCAUAUGCAAGCAGAAAUCAGAAGGCCCAAUCACAGCCUACCAUCACACCCUUCGGCAAGUUUGAGGAAAGAAAAACUAAGGAGAAGUCCAGCAAAGUCAACACAGUCACCAAGUUUUUUACUCCUUCCACAAAAACACCACCAAAAAAAGAUGUUCCUUUUGACAGUCACUCCGGCCCAAGCUCCUCUACAAGCCGGCAUUCCUCUGUGGACAGUGACCGUGCAACACGAGAGCUCAUUGAUUUUCUUAAGCCCCUGAAGUCUGGCAGGGAGAUCUUCAAGCAGUGCAGGGCCUUCACUGAGAGCAUGGUCUAUAAGCGGGACAUGGGUGCUGAUGAGCUGUCGGAGUGUGUGCAGGACUUCUACCAGAAUCUCUCAGACCGCCUCCACACCCAGUUCAAAGGUUCAUCGGAUCAUGUAGAGAGCGUAAUGGAUGAAGUGGAGAAGUACAUGAUGACACGUCUUUACAAAGAAGUCUUCUGUCCUGAGACUACAGACGAUGAGAAGAAAGACUUGGCCAUUCAGAAGAGAAUCAGGGCGUUGCAUUGGGUCACCAUUGAGAUGCUGUGUGUUCCUGUAGAUGAGGACAUCGCUGAGGCGUCGGACAGUGUGGUCAAAGCCAUCACAGAUGUGAUUGAAAUGGAUUCAAAGUGCGUUCCCAAGGAGAAGCUGGCGUGCAUCACUCGCUGCAGCAAGCACAUCUUCAACGCCAUCAAAAUCAGCAAGAAAGAGGCUGCGUCUGCGGAUGACUUCCUUCCCACGCUGAUCUACAUUGUGCUGAAAGCAAACCCCCCGAGACUGCAGUCCAACAUCCAGUACAUCACCCGCUUCAGCAACCCCAGCAGACUCAUGACGGGAGAGGAUGGUUACUACUUCACUAAUCUGUGCUGUGCAGUGGCCUUCAUUGAGAAGCUGGACGGCCAGUCUCUGAACUUAAGCUCUGAGGAGUUUGAGCUCUACAUGUCGGGCCAGGCAUCCCCAAACUGGCCACAGUCCAGCGAAGCUUCUUCCAGCUCCACAGGCAGCGCGACUCUCAGUCAAGUCCACAAAGGGCUGGACCUGUUAACAGGGCUCGGGGAAAGGCAGGAGAGGGUCAUGGAGAAGGCUCGCCAGCUGGAGAGCGACCUCAUCGACUGGACGGACGAAGUGGAGCAGAAGGUGCAGAGCGUUCUGGAGAGCUUUCCACCAGAGACACAAAAUCCUGCUGCAACCACUGCGAGUGGGACAACUUCUGCAGCAUCAUCGGCAAUCGACUCUGAUAACGUUGAGAAUGAGCACCUGCCCCCGCCACUGCAACCGCAAGUGUUUGCUGGUUGAUGUGCAGAGCUCUGCUAAAUAAAAUAUAAAUCCUCUAGAGGCUUUACUCCACCUUCCCCCUUCUCCCCGCUGUUAAAUGUUGCUGUCCGUGUGCACAUACAGCAGCCAUCUGAUAUGGAUCCCAUUUCCACUCCGGCCAUCUCUAUUCCAUCCAUUCAUAGUCCAAGAGGCCCUGCAGUCACACAACUAUUGAAUUAAAUAAAUAGUUUAGCAUUUAAAGAAGCACACCAGUUCCUUUUCACGCAGAGAGUUAAAUGAGAAGAUCAUUAACCGCUCUCAUGUCUGUAAGGUCAAUAUAAAGCUUAGAGUGAAGGGAGAACGGCAGCAUGGCGCCAUCCAAAGGUCGCUAAUUAACACGUUAUAUCUAUAUAUAUAUAUAUAUAUAUAUAUAUAUAUAUAAAACGGAAGUGUAAAAACAACAAGUAUUUUGUAGCCUUUGGACAGAGCCAGGCUAGCUGUUUCCACUUGCAGAGCUAAGCUAAAGUCUCUCAGCUUCAGCCUCACUUUUGAGCUAACUAACAAAGAUUUGGCCCAGUACACUCCAAGCAUUGUGUCCUGGUUGCAAUGGAUCCGGUGCAGCACCUGCGGUGAAGCACUCACUUACUCUUACAGUUUCAGGAUAAGCAGAUUUGUACUGGCAUCCUUGACACAGCCAUGUCCUAUGGUGUUCCCAGGCUAUUUGGGAAAUAUAACUGACUGUUGCUUCCUCCAAGUGAGAUGUGCAGGGAAACCUUCCACAGACUGGCGUCCAGGAGACAUCCUGAUAAGGCUGCUUGUAAUGCAAAGAGCAGACUGACUCCACUCCAAGCUCUUCCCGAACACAUCUGUUGGUCACCCACAAGGCGUCUUCAGUACCUCAGUUCUUCUUCAUCCUUUAUUAUUGUAGUUACAUUUGUGCAGAUGGGAUAAAUGGUUGGAUGUCAUUUUGAGACAUAUUUUCUGUCUUUAUUCAUAACCUUUCAGAGCAGGUUUUUGUUUAUUAUGUUGUGACGUCAGUGGAUGUAAAUGGACAAUUAGAGGCUCAGAUGGACAUGCAGAGCCUAACCUCUAAUAAACUUAACAGGUCAGUCAAAUAUCUUUUUGGCAAAGGAAACGGAGAAAUCUGAAUAAUGCGAAACUUAACUUCCCCUCACUAAAAUAACCCUCCAGCUCAUGCUUGUGAUCUGUGCUGUACUUUCUGUGUAUUUCCCUGUCUUUCAGAGAAAUAUCUGCAGAGAAGGAGAUGAGUGUGCGUGUGUGGCCGGUUGUGAAUGCGAGCGUGUUGCAUGGACAUGUUCCGUAAAUGUCUGUAAAUCAUUAAGUCCUCCCAGUGUGUGUGUGUGUGUGUGUGUGUGUGUGUUUAUGGAUAUUGUGGUCUUGUUUUCAUGGCAGACCUCUCACUCCAGUCAUAAGCUGGAUGUACAGAAGUGAUUUUAUUUUUCUAUAGAGUGGCAGGUAUCAAUUAUUUUGGAUGCAAUAGGAGACAUUAAUCCUGUAAUAUUUACAGUAGUACUCUUGUUAGAGAACAUUGCUUGAAGAUCUGUUCAUUUAUAUUCUCAAGAGGGUGUCAUAAACAUGUCUCAUCAUUAAAAAAAGAAGAAAUCCGUCUUUAGGUGAUUUGUUUUGGGUUGCUCCGUUGGAUUAAGUAGGUAAGAAGUCAAAGAUCUUGCUAUUUCCCAGAAUCGCAUGUCAUAAGGCCCUUUUGCUUUACGAGUGCAGAAGAAUCAACAUAACCAAUCGAAUAUAUUUUGAAGCACUUUUCUUCUCUAUGAUUUUUUAAAGCUCUUAUUUCAGAAGUACAUUUAAUGAAGGAAGUAGUGGCUUUAUUUGUUUGAAAGAAUGAAGGAUGGUUGGUGAAAACAGUGUUGUUCAACUGUGUCUUAGUAUUUGGCAGUCAUGUAGCGGAAGAGAUGUUUGGGAUAGUUGUAAUCUGAAAGGCACAUUUUCUUUUCCCUUUUGCUCAUGAGCUAAGAUUUCCUUAUGUUGCUAGAUUUUAAUCUUUUUUUUGUUUUACACAGCACGUAUAGUCCGUUUGCAGUUGCUGUCCAAUUUUAGUUUGAGAAAAGGCUUUUAACGCAAACUUAAACAAUAGCUUAAAUAACUUCAUAUUGCACUGUAUGCAGAAGCCAUUUAUCAGGUAUUUUAAGGAAGUUUAAAACAUCAUCUUUGUAACCUUAUAGGUUUGUUAUUGUAUCAUAUGGGAGAAAGUAACUCAAUACUGUCUUUUAUUUAAAUGUAACUUAUUGGGGCAGUAUUGGUUUAUUUGCGUCUGUGGGUGUGCGAUGAUGAUGAUGAUGAUGAAUAAAAAUUGAAACUGCA